AUGACACUUUGGAGUAUUUUAACUCACUUACAUCCGUACCAAAAUUCCAAUGCCAGAGCUAUGAAUGCUUUGAUCUUAACAAUAUUUCCUUUGAAUUGGUUUUUAAAUUUUUUAUAUUAUACGGAUCCGGGAUCAACAUUUUGUGUUUUAUUUGCAUAUUUAGCAGCUUUGGAACAAAAUUAUUGGAAAAGUGCCAUGAUUGGUGGUUUAAGUAUUCUCUUUAGACAAACAAAUAUAAUAUGGGUUUGUUUUAUAUUAGGAAUAUCAAUUCUAAAAGUUCUAUCAGAUGAUAGAAAUAUCAGUAUGCGCCGUACUUUAAGACUCACUAAAGGAAAUAAUAUUACAUUAAAUAGUGAUGUAUUUGUUAGAAGUGUUGUCACAAAGAAGAAGGAUAAUAAUAAUGAAUUUUCGGUAACAGAUGUUAUCAAUUAUGAUUUGAACGUUUUGUUCGUUAGUCUGUUCUCUGGAAAGAAAAGUUUAUCUACCGGACAUCAUUUCUCAUCACCUUUAAAUUACUUUUACGAUUGUUUGACUGAAAGUGGAUUAACCAAUGGAGUAAAGGUUAAUUAUUUAGACGAUAAACGUCUGACGCGCGAUUUCAAAUUAGGAAUCGUUACUUUGGUUCAUCGACCAAAACAUCGUUCAAAGAAAAAAAUAUCAAUGGAGGAAAUAAUAAAUGCAAUUCCAAAUCUCAUCAAAAAAGUAACAAAGUAUCGACCAAAAUUUCUUUGUUUUAAUGGUAAAGCAGGUUAUGAAGCAUUUUUAAAAUACGAUUCUCGAUUUACUAGAAUCUUUGUUUGUGUACCAACAAGCGGACGCGUUGAAGGAGGAGGAGAAUACGAUAAAGUAGAUCAAGUUAAAUAUUUUAAAGAAUUAAAUGAAUUAUUAUUAUUUGAGCCACAACAACCAAAACAACUCGAGGAAAUAGAAGAUAUUAUUGAUUCACUCGAGGAGGAGGAAAUAGAUGAACUUAAGGAUAUCGAUCAAUUCGAGGAGAAGGAUGAUUUAAUAGAUGUUGAUAUAGAUAAUGAAAUUUUUCAUAAAGAAAUUGAGAAAGACUUGAUGAAGAGAAAACGCCUAAAUACUUCUUGGAAUGAAAUUGAUAAAAUUGAAAAAGAAAUUGAUGAAAUAAUUAAAGAAUUACAAUAUGAACUGGAAUCAUCAUCAGAAUACAAUCUUCAAGAAAAUAAUAAAAUUCAUGAUCAAUUUGUACCAUCUUUUAAUAAUAUUGGUUCAUUAAAUUAUAAUAAUAUUGAUGAUUUUAUGAAGGUACCAUCAACUACUACUGCAAUUAAUGAUUCAAAAGAAUAUUCUUGGAUAUGGAAAACGCGUGAAGAAGAAGAAAUGACGAAUGUCGAUGAAGAUGAUAAAUUAGGCUUUAAACCUCCUGAAUCUUUCAAGGCGAUGAAAUAUUAA